AUGGCAUCAACGGGAGAAGAAGUCCACACGCAGGUUGAUGGCAAUGGGAGCGCUGCUGCAGCACCGCCCAAGUCUGAGCCGUUUACGCCGUUGUUACCCACCCUGAUGAAGUCGGCCGUUGACCAAACCGUCAAAGCCGUUACAGCAGUCGUCCAGACCGAGAUUCGGGCACUCCCAAGGCGGAUUGUUGCGGCUGUUGCUGCUCAGCAAGCCGCAGGCUCCGCCAAAACACCAAGGAGGAGGACCGCGUCGUCUGCCGCAGACGACGACCAAGGCCUGCCCAAGUCUCAGCAGCUUUGGAACGACGCAUACGAUGGCUUGGAAGAUAGCGGCGCCACCUCUGGCAUUGUGCGGUCAUAUGCGGAGACGUUGACGUUUGCCAUUGCUGGCGGUGACCAGGGGAAGCCUGGGCCCGACACGGCCACUUUGUUGGCUGCUGAUUUGAAGGACCCCGUGAAGCGCCAGGCACACAUGCGGUAUCUUGUGCAAAAGGGACGGGACAAGUUUGCUGACGACUCGAAACUUGCCCAGACGGUGGGAGAUGUUGCUGGGUUUGUGCUCCAGGCUAGAGGGGUCAUCGACGUGGCCAUCGAAAACGUUCCUCAAGCCGCCUUGCCGUGGGCCGGUGUCUGUGUCGGGCUGCAGAUUCUCACGAAUCCGGCGAGAGUCUCCCGAGAGAACCUUGCAGGCAUCACCCACGUAGUCUCUCGCAUGGACUGGUAUUGCUCCCUGGUUGAUCACCUGUUGGAUGAGCGAAGUAUCGUCCAAGGAAAGGAACCCGCUAAUGUGGUUACGCAGCGCCUGGAGACGCUGGUGCUUGAUCUUUACAAGAGCCUUUUGCUGUAUCAGAUGAAGAGCGUUUGCUCUUACUACAGGAAUUCUGGCCUGACCUAUCUCCGCGAGCUCGCCGCGUGGGACAAGUGGGAGUUGGACCUCAAGGCCAUCACCAGCGCAGAAGAAGCUCUGAGGGCUGCUUCUGUCCAGUACAAUACUCAGAGCUCACUUGAACGCCUAUCAGAGCUCAUGCAACAUGGAGACAAGAUGCAAUCAACUCUGGGAAAUGUCCACCAAGAUCUUCAGGACUUCAUUUCCACACAGAAGCAAAGGGUUACUGAUGACAGAGACUCCGCCUGUCUCCGAGACCUGUUCACGACCGAUCCGAUGCGCGACCUUGAGAGGCUUGAAAGAAAGACAGAUAAGCUUAUCGACAUUGCAUUUUCAUGGGUCAUGGGCACUAAAGAGUAUGCGUCAUUCUCCGAUUGGCAUGGGAUUCGCUCCCGCCGCAUGCUUUGGGUUAAAGGAGGGCCUGGAACGGGCAAGACAAUGCUUCUGAUGGGGAUUGUUCGCGAAAUUUCAACUCAAUCCGCAGCAUUCGCACCCAGCGUGUCAUACUACUUUUGUCAAGGCACGGGAGAUCGGAUGAGAAACAAUGCACAUACAAUAUUUCGAUCCCUGCUGUGGAUGCUGCUUAUCCAGCAACCUCGCCUGAUCCAACACCUGCGUGCCAAACAUAGAUAUGCGGGAUCCUUGUUGUUUACAGAUUCGAAUGCGAUGAGUGCAAUGUCUGAGGCCUUUGAAAAUAUGCUGAAGGAUCCGUCACUGACACCUGUGUACUUUGUCGUGGAUGGUCUUGACGAGUGUGACGGGACUAGAGAGGAUUUGAUCCAACUCAUCUUCAAGUCCCUGAGUAUUUCACGUAAAGUCAAAUGGCUGAUUUCUAGCAGACCAGAACUUGACUUGCCGAAACCAGACAUGGACGAGGCUCUGGUUGAGUUGGACGCACAAAGACUGGAAGGACCAGUUCAUGCAUACAUCACUUACAAACUGUCAGGACUAAAAGGCCAGCCUGGUUACGAUGAUGAGGCUACGCUCGUGGAACUUUCUAAUGAAAUAUGUGAGCGAGCUGCCAACACCUUUCUCUGGGCAGCGUUGGCAUUCAGAGAACUCCAAGGCGUGGAUGGCAAAGACGCCAUGAAGACAAUUAAGCAGCUGCCUCCCGGACUGCCAGACUUGUACGGGUACAUGAUGGCCAGGGUUGAAGAGCAUCAUGGGCUGAAAAGGACGCGAUGCAAAAACGUCCUUACUGCUGUUUAUCUUGCAUAUCGACCGCUCACUCUCAAGGAGCUGGGAGUGGUGGCUGGACUUGGUUCUCCCAUCAAACCUCUGGACAUCGUAAAGGCCUGCGGUUCUCUGCUCAGCAUGACAGGCAGAGUUGUGUCUUUGACCCAUCAAUCCGUUCGAGAAUACUUGUGCCAGGAAUAUGGCAAGCUGCUGGAGCAAGGGGAUGCUGUGCUGAGCCAUCAAGACAUCGCCAGCCGGUCCAUCUUCGAGAUGCAACACAGCCUGAAACACAACAUGUACCAUCUUCUUGGAAAUGGGUACUUCCCGCGGUUCCUCGGUGACGCAAUCAACGGUUCCGACAGCGACCCUUUGGCUGGUGUUGCCUACUCUGCCACAUUCUGGAUACACCACUUGUGUGACGCGAUGGUGUCGGAGGCUUCCGUGGAGCUGGUAACGUCUGAGGAGGUCCUGGAUUUCUUGAAGAACUUCUUUCUUCGCUGGAUUGAAAGCCUGUCGCUUCUCGGAAGUCUGUCCGAAGGGUUGAAAGCCAUACGCCUGCUGGCAGCACAGCCUCGCCUUGAACCGUCAGUACCCUUGAAGAAGUUUCUCAAGGAUGCCGAGAGGUUUCUUGUCAGUCACGAGUCCACCAUCAAGGCGGCAACCUUGCAGACCUACGGCACGGCGCUACUCUUCACUCCACCCGAUAGCAGUGUUCGAGUUUUUGGAUGGCAUGAGCGGCUUCCUUUCAUUCGAAACAUGGUCACCACGCAGCAGACUGGCGACUCCAGCACGCGCACCCUCGAUGGACGCUAUGGUGCAGUCACGGCAGUGGCCUUUUCUGAGGACGGGAAGCUCUUCUCAACUGGUACCGAGGGCUCUCUUACCGUGUGGGAUGUGGAAACUUGGACGCCCAUGUGCACAAUUUUCCUUCCAGACUCGACGGGGGUGGCCGAAGAAAUCAGUUUCUCUCCCGACUCCAAAUCUGUACUGGCGGUGUAUAGGGAUGCAUUGCAUGUUUGUGACCUGGACACGAAGACACAGAUUCGGGCACUCGUGCAUCCGGAGGAGCGAAAAAUUGUCUGCGCCAACUUCCAACUUGACUGCAAAGGAGUUGUGAUGGUGCUUGGAGAUGCCACAGUUCAUGUGUGGGACGCAGUAACGGACAAGUUGGACCAGAUAUUUGCGGCAAAGGGGGAUGCUAAGAGCAUCGUUGCUUUGUCGCCGAACAACAAGACUUUGGCUGUUUCGUUGCUGCAAAACCUGAUUGGUCUCUGGGACAUUGCCACAGGGUCGGGAGACAGCGCUCGGGUGCUGAAGCGCCAUGACGAGGCAUUCCGAGACUUCACAUUUGCUGGAGACAGUAAAAUGCUCGGGUCGGUUUCCACCGAUGGCACCAUCUGCCUGUGGGACAUCGAGAGCGGUGUCUGUACGCGGAGCUUCAGUCCCGGGUGGAACAACUGGCCGACGAUUGCAUUGUCGCCAGAUCUCAAGACCAUAGCAAUGGGCGGCUCGGAGGACACGACUCGUCUGCUGGACGUUGAGGAUUGGACUCGGCAAGACGCACAACAAAGUCACCGUGGCCGGGUGACGGACGUGGUCGUCUCUGCCGACAAGACCGUCGCGGCAACAGCCUCCAGCGACAGAGACAUCCGCGUAUGGGACAUUGAAAGCGGCGAGUGCCUGCAACGUCUCCGCGGCCACAAGGACGCCGUCCGCUCCGUUGCCUUUUCCCCAGACGGGCACUGUUUGGCGUCGGCUUCGGGCGACAAGACGGUCCGGGUCUGGGACCUGAAGACGGGCGAAGCGCUUCACACUUGGAAGGGACACGCCGCCGCCGUCCGGUGCGUCGCAUUCUCCCCAGACGGCAGGAUGGUUGCCUCAUCCUCCGAGGACAGGACGGUCAGACUCUGGACGGUCGAAACGGGCGCGAGCGUGCCGAUCAAGGGCCAGAGCGAGUCGCAGCUGUGCAUUGCCUUCUCCGACGACGGCAAGACGCUGGCAUCCAUCAACAAGGAUGGCGCCUUUGCUCUGUGGGAGACGGAGACUGGGAACCAGGUGCACGUAUUUGGCGCGGAGGAAGCCGACUGCCCCACGGCGCUCGCCUUUUCCCCAGACGACUCGGCGGUCAUGGUCGGGACCGUCAGCGGCGCCAUCUACGCGCUGGAAAAGGCGUCCGACUCGAGACGCCAGGUUCUCAAGCAGCAGGAAACCUUUUCUCACAUGGCAUUUGCGGCGGACGGGGAGACCGUGGUGACGACUGCGGGCUCGGUGUCGAGCAGCGCAUCCGGACAGACAUGGCUGAACAAGAAGGCGCCGGACAACACGCUGUUUGUUUACAAGCCGGUGGCGUUCCCAGGGAUGGAGGGCGAGGCGAGGCUGGGCGACGUCUGGAUCGAGGGCCGCGGCAUUUUGACGUUGCUGCCGACGAGCUACGCGUCGAACGUGUUGGCUGUCUGUGAAGACAUUGUUAUUCUAGGGCAUGCGUCGGGCAAGGUGACGUUUCUGUAUUUUGAUUUUCCCAAGCGACCUGAUACCUAUUCGGCAUAG